GCCAUGGCGGAGCAAGAGAGCCUAGAGUUCGGCAAGGCGGACUUCGUGCUAAUGGACACAGUCACCAUGCCCGAGUUCAUGGCCAACCUCAGACUCAGAUUUGAAAAGGGACGCAUCUACACCUUCAUUGGCGAAGUCGUUGUUUCUGUGAAUCCUUACAAGUUGUUGAACAUCUAUGGGAGAGACACAAUUGAGCAGUAUAAGGGACGGGAGCUGUAUGAGAAACCGCCUCAUCUCUUUGCGAUUGCGGAUGCUGCUUACAAGGCGAUGAAAAGGCGAUCAAAAGACACCUGCAUUGUGAUAUCAGGGGAAAGCGGAGCCGGUAAGACGGAAGCCAGUAAGUACAUCAUGCAGUACAUUGCGGCCAUCACCAACCCCAGCCAGCGCGCAGAGGUGGAAAGAGUGAAGAAUAUGUUGCUUAAGUCCAACUGUGUCUUAGAAGCUUUUGGAAAUGCCAAAACCAACCGUAAUGAUAACUCAAGCAGGUUUGGAAAAUAUAUGGAUAUCAACUUUGAUUUCAAAGGAGACCCUAUUGGUGGUCAUAUCAAUAACUAUUUACUGGAGAAGUCUCGAGUGAUUGUACAGCAGUCUGGAGAAAGAAGCUUCCAUUCUUUCUAUCAGCUACUUCAGGGAGGUUCCGAGCAGCUUCUGCGGUCUCUUCAUCUCCAGAAAUCCCUUUCAUCUUACAACUAUAUCCAUGUAGGAGCGCAAUUAAAGUCUUCUAUCAACGAUGCUGCCGAAUUCAAAGUAGUAGCUGAUGCCAUGAAAGUAAUUGGCUUCAAAUCCGAGGAGAUUCAAACCGUAUAUAAAAUUUUGGCCACUAUUCUUCACUUGGGGAAUUUAAAAUUUAUAGUAGAUGGCGACACACCUCUUAUUGAAAACAGUAAGGUUGUGUCUGUCAUAGCCGAAUUGCUCUCUACGAAGGCGGACAUGGUUGAGAAAGCCCUUCUUUUCCGGACUGUGGCUACGGGCCGUGAUGUCAUCGACAAACAGCACACAGAGCAAGAAGCCUGCUACGGCAGAGAUGCCUUUGCUAAGGCAAUAUAUGAACGCCUUUUUUGUUGGAUUGUAACGCGCCUCAAUGAUGUUAUCGAGGUCAAGAACUAUGACACUACAAUCCAUGGGAAAAACACCGUUAUCGGUGUCUUGGAUAUCUAUGGCUUUGAAAUCUUUGACAACAACAGCUUUGAGCAGUUCUGCAUCAAUUACUGUAAUGAGAAACUGCAGCAGCUGUUCAUUCAGCUGGUCCUGAAGCAAGAACAAGAGGAGUAUCAGCGGGAAGGGAUCCCUUGGAAGCACAUUGAUUACUUCAACAAUCAGAUCAUCGUGGACCUUGUGGAGCAGCAGCACAAAGGCAUCAUCGCAAUCCUAGACGAUGCCUGCAUGAACGUCGGCAAAGUCACGGACGCAAUGUUCCUUGAAGCACUGAACAGUAAGCUGGGCAAGCAUGGCCAUUUUUCUAGUCGAAAGCUCUGUGCUUCUGACAAAAUGCUGGAGUUUGAUCGAGAUUUUCGAAUCCGACAUUAUGCAGGUGACGUAGUAUAUUCUGUCAUUGGCUUUAUUGACAAAAAUAAAGAUACUUUAUUUCAAGAUUUUAAGCGUCUCAUGUAUAACAGUUCAAAUCCUGUGCUGAAGAAUAUGUGGCCAGAAGGCAAGCUAAGCAUUACAGAGGUGACCAAGCGACCUCUGACUGCCGCCACCUUGUUUAAGAAUUCCAUGAUUGCCUUAGUAGACAACCUUGCAUCAAAGGAACCUUAUUACGUACGUUGCAUCAAACCCAAUGACAAGAAAUCCCCACAGAUAUUUGAUGACGAACGCUGCCGGCAUCAAGUGGAGUAUCUUGGCCUGCUGGAAAACGUGAGGGUGCGCCGGGCAGGAUUUGCCUUCCGCCAGGCAUAUGAGAAGUUCCUUCACAGGUAUAAGAUGAUCUCGGAAUUUACCUGGCCCAACCAUGACCUUUCUUCAGACAAAGAGGCUGUCAGGAAGUUAAUAGAACAUUGUGGAUUUCAGGAUGAUGUAGCUUACGGGAAGACCAAAAUUUUCAUUCGUACUCCCCGAACAUUGUUUACCUUGGAAGAACUCCGUGCCCGGAUGAUCGAAAGGAUUGUCCUCUUUCUACAAAAGGUGUGGCGGGGCACCCUGGCCCGCAUGCGGUACAAGAGGACCAAGGCAGCGCUGACUAUAAUCAAGUACUAUCGGCGCUACAAAGUCAAGUCAUACAUCCGUGAGGUGGCCAAGCGCUUUCACGGUGUCAAGACCAUGAAAGACUACGGGAAGCACGUGAAAUGGCCCACCCCUCCUAAAGUUCUUAGCCGUUUUGAGGAGGCCCUGCAAGCGAUUUUCAAUAGAUGGAGGGCAUCUCUGCUCAUCAAGAGUAUCCCUGCUACAGACCUGCCCCAGGUCAGGGCAAAGGUCGCAGCCAUGGAAAUGCUGAAGGGACAGAGGGCUGAUCUUGGGCUCCAGAGAGCCUGGGAGGGCAACUAUCUUGCUUCGAAGCCAGAUACACCACAAACCUCAGGCACUUUUGUCCCUGUUGCUAAUGAACUGAAACGAAAGGACAAAUACAUGAACAUCCUCUUUUCCUGUCAUGUUCGUAAGGUGAAUCGAUUUAGUAAGGUGGAAGACCGAGCUAUUUUUGUCACUGACCGUCACCUGUAUAAGAUGGAUCCCACUAAACAGUACAAAGUGAUGAAGACGAUUCCUCUCUACAAUUUGACUGGUCUAAGUGUCUCCACUGGAAAGGACCAACUUGUAGUAUUCCAUACUAAAGACAACAAAGACCUCAUUGUCUGCCUCUUCAGCAAACAGCCAACCCAUGAGAGUCGAAUUGGUGAACUUGUUGGAGUCCUGGCAAAUCACUUCAAGAGUGAGAAGCGUCACCUUCAAGUCAAUGUCACCAACCCGGUGCAGUGCAGCCUGCACGGCAAGAAGUGCACGGUCUCCGUGGAGACACGGCUCAACCUGCCGCAGCCCGACUUCACCAAGAACCGCGCCGGCUUCAUCCUCAGCGUGCCCGGGAACUGA